CAGAGCUUUUCCACCAUUUUUCCGACAUAUUUAGGCAUGGACCGCGCCGGCGCCGGCGGCUGUGGUGCUGCUGGUGGCGGCCUGGGUGUCGUCACCAGCUCGGCCACCGCCCUCGGUCCGGGCGGCAUUGCGGGCGGCGGUGGUGGCGGUGGCCUUGUCAGCGGUGCGCUCAACGGCCUGGAGGCCAUGUCCGCCGAAUCGACAGGCCUCUGCCUGCAGGACUUGGUCAGCGCGGGCACCGCCAAUGGCGCCGGCUCGGCGGGCUCGGCGGAGAGCGCCACCACCACAAGCACAGCGCUGAGCAGUGGCAGCUCCACUGUCAACGGUGGCGGCAGCAGCGCCUCCGGUGCCGAGCAUCUGCACAGCCAUCACAGUCUCCACGACUCCAGCUCCUCGGUCAGCAUCUCACCCGCCAUCUCGAGCCUGAUGCCCAUCAGCAGUCUCAGUCACUUGCAUCACACGGCCGCCGGUCAGGAUCUGGUCGGCAGCUAUCCGCAGCAUCCGCAUCAUGCCGUUGUGCCGCCGCACACACCGAAGCACGAGCCGCUCGAGAAACUCAGAAGUUUAUUCUUUUCAGUUUGGGCCGAAACCGGUGAUUUUCGUGAUAGUCAUAGCUCCAUGACCGCCGUAGCAAAUAGUUUGGAUAGCACACACCUAAAUAACUUUCAAACUUCGUCAUCGUCAACCCUAACGAAUCGAAGUCGGGAUCGCAAAGAUGGCAAUCGCAGCGUCAAUGAGACCACAAUUAAAACGGAGAACAUAUCAAAUUCUGGACACGAUGAGCCGAUGACAACCAGCGCCGAUGAGCCAAAGAACGAUAAGAAGAACAAACGGCAGCGACGACAGCGCACGCACUUCACCUCCCAGCAGCUGCAGGAGCUGGAGCAUACGUUCAGCCGUAAUCGCUAUCCGGAUAUGUCGACGCGUGAGGAGAUCGCCAUGUGGACCAAUCUAACCGAGGCCAGAGUUCGGGUGUGGUUCAAGAACCGACGGGCCAAGUGGCGCAAGCGCGAGCGGAACGCAAUGAACGCGGCUGUGGCGGCGGCUGACUUCAAGUCGGGCUUUGGCACACAGUUCAUGCAGCCGUUUGCCGACGAUUCGCUGUAUACGUCGUAUCCGUACAACAACUGGACCAAGGUGCCAUCGCCGCUGGGCACCAAGCCGUUCCCCUGGCCGGUCAAUCCGCUCGGCUCGAUGGUGACCAGCAAUCAUCACCAGAACUCGGUCAACUGCUUCAAUACGGGCGCCAGCGGCGUGGCCGUGAGCAUGAACAAUUCAAUGCUCCCGGGCUCCAUGGGCUCCACGCUGACCAACACAAAUGUGGGCGUGGGCGCUGCACCCUGUCCGUAUACAACACCCGCCAAUCCGUAUAUGUAUCGCGCCGCCGCCGAGCCCUGCAUGAGCAGCAGCAUGUCCUCGAGCAUUGCCACAUUGCGGCUGAAGGCGAAGCAGCAUGCCACCGGCUUCAGCAGCCCCUAUUCGGCGCCAUCGCCAGUGUCGCGCUCCAACUCCGCCGGACUGUCCGCCUGCCAGUAUGGCGUGACCGAUGUUGUCUGAGAAAACGCACUCGGUGCUCUGCUUAAUCAGCACCAGCACCACUUGCAGCACUUCUCCGGCCAGCACAAUGGCAAUGCCAUGCAGCAGCAUUUGUCCAACAACAACAACAACAACAACCAUAUGUUGCACGGCCACAAUAGCAACAACAACAACAACAACAACGGCCUACUGCUGGAUCACAGCGACUUGGGUCUGGGCGGAGGGGGCGGAGGCGGAGGCGGCGCUGAUGACGGGGGCACAGUGACCCACAACGAUGACAACAACAAAUCGCCAUUGGGCGCCAAUGGGUUAAUGUCAGCGGCCGCGAAUGCCGGUGGCGCCUCCAGCGGCAAUGACAACGGCGACGAUGUCGACGAGGAUGUCAUUGAUUGAGCGAUUGCUAAGUAUAUAUAAACAAAUGAAAUGAUAGCUACAUAUAUAUAUACAUAUAUUUUAUAUAUAUAUAGUUAUAUGAAAUAUUUAAAUCAACGUACUUAUAAUAUAAAUAAUAAACGAUUUGUUAUUGUAAACCAGCAAAAGCCCAAAAAAAUAUAAAAAAUUUUAGAAUUAAGUGUAUUUAAUUAAAUUUUAGAUGGAAAAAAAAAUAGCGCAAAAGCAGCAUGAGCAAAUGAAACACAACUUUUUUGAAGAACAAUAAUUACAUUUAUAAAACAAAUAAAAAUAAUAAUACAAACAACAACAACAAAAACCCACAGACGCAGAAAAAAUGGGAUAGGCCGAGUUUUUGUGCAGUUUUAAUUAGUGGGUAUUAAGCGGCAGUCGGAAAGGCAGAAAAAUUAAUUACAAAUUGAUAAAUGUGUUUUAUGUUUUGCGUUUCUGCAUUGAGAUUAAAUGCCAAUUAUGUUCAUUUAAAUGAAAAAAAAAAAAUAAAUAAAUAAGUAAAGAAAAAAAAAACCAAACGUCUAUGUAGAAUAUUAAGUGUUUUGUACAUAUAAAGCAAAUAAUUAUAGGCAGCAAGCUGUAUUUAUAAGAAGUAGUUCGCUCUUAACUAAUGAACUAACUAGCUAACUAUUAACUAAAUAGCAAAAAGUUCAAGUUAUCUGCAAAAAUUUUUGACACACAACCAAUAAGUCUUUGCCCAAUGUGCAUCAGCUAAAAAAAAAAAAGAAAAAAAAAACAGAUUUAAAUAAACAACAAAAAACUAUGCCAAUAUAUGAACAAAUACUUUGUUUUGGCAGCACAUAUACCAAAUAUUUAAAAGUUUAUAUAUAUAUAUAUAUAUAUAUAUGUAAUGAAGCGUAUCAAGAUCAAGUCAAAAAUGUAUUGUAAACAAACUAUAUCAAAAGUCGUAGCAGUUUUUAAGGAGUUGUCUAGUCGUAUAAACAUCCAGAUAUAGAUCACAAAAAAAAUUAAAAAUAAAAAAUAGAACAAAAUAUAAAAAAAAAA